GAGCUCACACACAACUAGACACAGUUACGAAGAGCUGCCCAGCAGAAGACGCAACAAUGGCAGUGGUACAGGUCCCAUACACAAAACUUACAUCCUUGAACAUUGGUUCUUCAGUGACAAUCAAAGGGACACCUGCCAUGUCUUUCAUCAUGAGCCCAGAACUGCAGGUGGAUUUCCACACUGGAACUCAAGAGGACUCAGACAUCGCCUUCUCUUUCCGAGUGUACUUUGGCAACUGUGUGGUGAUGAACAGCCGUCAGUUUGGGGACUGGAAAGCAGAGGAGAAAUACGAGGGUAUGCCUUUUGUGGAUGGCCAGCCAUUUGAGCUGUGCAUCUCGGUGCUUCAAAAUGAGUACCAGGUGAGUGUACCCAGGAGCAUCCACUACAUGGGCUGUCAGGGCUGUCAGAGGAGCACACAGCUCUCCCUGGCCUGGCCCUCACAGUCACUUGUGGUUCAUCUCCUGCCCCUCUCAUCACAGAGCACCCUCUGUUUGUACUGCCAUGCUCAGGUCAAGAUCAGCACACAUGCCUUCUUCUCCACUGUGGAAAAUUUCCUCCUUCAAUUGCAGCCAAGUUUUCUACCUGUGCUAUCAUUCUUUCAGUUUUCAUGUAGGAGUUUGUUAAAAUAUGCAUAUAAAUAAUUAUAAUUAGUUUAC